CCGGUAUCCCGCGGUUCGGCACACGGCCUUCCAUGCAGUGAGCUGAGCUGGGUUGAGGCAAACCGGCAGUGCCUGAACUGGGCGUCGCCGCUGCGGCAACUGGACACGGAGUCAAAACGAACCGUCGCCAUCAAAGAGAGUCGUCCCGAUAAGCCGGGUUCGCCGCGGCGCGUCGGCUUGCCGGUGGAAAAGAAUUCUUUCCGUUUUUCGGAAGUUUUCGUAUGACGAAACUCGCACUCUAGUCCUGUUCCUCAGGCGCUUCCUCGCUUCUGCGCGGUGUGCAUACAUUCCAGACGACAUCGUUCAACCUUUUCGCGGCAGUAUCUGGGUGGAAAAUGCGGUCACUCAAGUCAAUCGUCGUGCCCCUCUCGGCAGCGUUGGUCGCAGCGGCGGAACUCGACCUUUUCCUCGGUGAAUCGGGAGUCUACUUAUUCGGGAAAGCGUCUGAGUCCGACGUCGCUCUGAAGGUUCCAGAGGAUCCGGUUCCGGAGGAACCGCGCCGUGAACCCGAGAAGCACGUUGACCUCUUCGGCGAAGACUGGAAACAGUUCGGCGGUUCCGGAUUCGGAGAUUUCUCGAAGGUGGAGUUCGAGAAUCUUUUUUCGCAAGUGCAUGAAAUGAUGAGACGCCUUAUGGGACGAGGUGUGGAUGGAUUUGGCCCGUCUCUUCUCGGCGACUCUCCCGGUUUCCACUUCCCCCGCCUCAGAGCGUUGCAACCGAAAACGAAGCUCGAGAAAACUGGCACGUGCCAGUACGUGGUUACUUGGGCGCCGGAGGUGACGGCGGAGAACGUUCGUGUGAUUCUGCACUUGCAGAGGCGCCAGGUUGAGGUUCAGUACCGCGCAGCUACUCGCCGUGAUGAGAAGACGGAGGGCGGCGAGAGCCACAGCAUGUCGAAGGAGCAGUCUUCUCAGCUGAUGUCUGUGGACCCGCAAUGCAUCAUGACACGAGAAGUUGUCGCACAGAAACUUGCUGGCUGGACAGACAACACUCACACCGCAACAGCGGGGACGCCGAAAAAGCUCCUCAUUUCGUUUCCGUCUCCGGAUCACAUCAAGGAAAUGGUCAAGGAGGGGUAUCUGCCAGACAACGCGCUGGAACGCGUUCUUGCGGGCGAUUUUGAGGGAUUCUCCCGGACCCAGAUGUGCCUGGUGUCCGGCAGAAACCGAACGGAGUGUGCGUUCGCAGAGGGCCAAGAGGUCGAACUCGAGGAGAAGCCGCUUCCCUCGGAUUCCAGCCCUGUGACGUCCGUCGAACUGCCCCGACUCUCGCAGGAAGACCGAGGACUCUGAGGGCGCCCCGCCGCGGCGGAGGCCAAGCCUGAAGAAAAACGAUUCGAAGCGAGGUUCGUCCGUUCCACUCUGCAUGCGUCUGUGCAGUGUGAUGCCUCCGUACCACUGAGGGAAAGAGGGCACAGCGCUCGCGAAACACAACCAGGAAGUGCGUCGCGGAACUCUCUGCCAGAAAGGGAAAUACACACGUCGCAUGCGGACGCGGACAAAGCACUGUUCGUGCAGUGACGGAUCAGUGCAGCUUGACGGGCUGUCUGUGUCGUGAGCGAGUGACUUCGUGUGCGCAGCGUUUAGGACGCACUCAAUUUUGCGUUCGUAGCAUUCUCUGAAACGGUUUUUGCCCCGUGUUGAAACCGUGAAAUGCGUAUUGCAAUGUUUAUGUAAAUGUGCCCGUUGGCUGGUGUAGAAAACACGCUCAACCGUUGCAAGCAUCCCGGCGCGAAACGCGUCCUGGAACGGGUAUGGCACUCACACUCGAGGAGGAGUGAGUUUGCAGCGGAGCCCGACAAGUCUCACACAGCUUUGUAAAGACGCGUGUCUGGAAGGAUUCAAGCGGUACGCGAGGGAACGAGCACAUCCGUAGAUUCAAAGGCCAGGCGCGUAGGCUCUACACACACGCAUAGCACGAACAACGGAGCCGCAGAUCUGGACGCCAACAGAUGCAUAACUGAAAACAGUUGAAGAAACGUCUCUCAAGAAUGCAGCGGAGAGGGCGGGACCCAUCCUCCCUUCGGCACAAACGACAAAUGCUGACGGGGCGGCAGGAGGGCUACCCGUUCAGCGCGCUCUGGACACACGCCACGCUUUGAUGUCAGAACGACAAAGAGGUAGUAGAGGGGCCCUUCUGCGUCGUAGGGAGAGGUUGCCAGCCUAAAUCGCGUUUCCAAUCAGAUUCAGUGUUGUCCCUUGCACUUUUUUGACGUGUUCUGAGUUAUCACCUUUUCAAGCUCAACCGGUAAGAAUCCUAGUAUCGGGUUGUCUCAGGCUACGACCAGCAUCAGCAUGGUCACUGCAACAUGCUUUAUAGAAGAGAACUCCUCGUCGCGGAGAAAAUUGUCUGUUCGCUGAUGUGAGUACGCCAUACACGCUAUUUAUGCCAUUGAUAGGUGUGGAUGUUUUACAAAGACGUCAAUCGCGCGUCUCUGCAGUCGACUGUGUCGCUCACCAUCCCGGUUCGUUUCAUUGUGAUCUCUUCUUGUGAGACUGUUCUGUUUGAGAAUACACAUGUCUGUUUCCCGAUCUCUUAUUUUGGUCGAGUUCAACUUUUAGGAAAUAUUUUCGCUGUCUCUGGCGUCUAUAUCACACUCUCGAUUUUCGUCACUGCAUUUCCCCGCCUUCGUGCGAUGGAAUGCCCUCGCAGAUUCUCUUGCGACAGCUGACUCCAAAACAGCUACGAGCGACAAUGCGUGCUUCCCGCUCGUUACAGAGUCUACGUGCGUGCUGAGUGCCACACGCCACCAUUUUGCCUGGAAAGCGGCGGUGACAAGGGCUCUGGGCAAGUCCACGUCGUGGCAUCUCAAAAACUCGGCGCUUUUCAGAAGAUGCACAUACCCGCGAUAAGCGAGAAGAGACGGGAGUUCCUUAGAAAGGCAAAGAUCGCCUUUCUGAAGGCCGUGACGAUGCCACACACCCAACAAAACAAGACGGUUUUACAAGAAAACGACGUGAAAAUGGGUUCUCUGCCGAUACUACGUUUUAACCAAGGA